GCCAUGCAUUGCAGUAUCCACAUUUUCCUCCGCUUCACCCGCUCUACGACCUGACCCUCCACCUCUCCUCCCAAGCCUUUGGCGAGGAGGAGGAGGAGGAGGACGACGACGACGACGUCGAGGAGGAGGAGGCGGCGGCGGUGGCGAUUCCGAUAUCAGAACAGAACCGGCCGGAGGCGUCUGUCAAAGGAGGGUAGCCCGAUGGCCGACUCCAAUAAUAAGUCCUCGCCGCUGCUGCCUGCAGACUCCUUCAUGGGAGCCCUGGUGGGCAACGAGGACCAACACAUGAUUUGCGUGACGCCGUACUCGGUGAAGAUGUCGUGCAGCGGCAUUUGGGACGCGGAGGACAGCAUCCUCUUGCACAACAUCCCCCGCUCCCUGAUCCAGAUCUUCCUCAUCGCCGCCAUCUCCCGCCUCCUCCACUUCCUCCUCCGCCCGCUCAAGCAGCCGCGCAUCGUCUGCGAUAUCGCGUCAGGCAUCAUCGUAGGAUCGUUUGUGACCGAGGAGGAAGCGGUGGCCGACAAGUCGUCCUUCUCGGCGAUGUUCAUCCCGGAGGUGGGCAAGACGCCGAUGGUUGUGCUGGCGGCCGUGGGCCUCAUCUUCAACCUCUUCAUCGCCGGCGUCAAGAUGGACCCCUCUGCCAUAUGGAAGUCCGGCCGGCGCUCCGUCGCCAUCGGCACCGCCAGCCUCGCCGUGCCCCUCGCCGCCGUGGUUGCCGCCUCCUACCUGAUCUACAACAACAUCGAGCAGGUGCUCGAGCGCCGCAGGCGCUUCUUCAUCUUCAUGGCCGCCUCCCUCUGCACCACUUCCUUCCCCGUCCUCGCCGACAUCCUCGCCGAGCUGCGCCUCCUCAACACCGAGCUCGGCCGCCUUGCGCUGUCGUCGGCCAUGAUCCAGGACGUGGUGGGGUGGAUCUUCAUGGUGAUGUUCACGGCUGUGAACCAGAGCCAGAACGGCAUGGUGAAGGGGCUGCUGGCGAUGCUGUGCUUCGCGGGGAUGGGGGCGUUCGCGCUGCUGGUGUUCCGGCCGUACGUGGAGUGGGUGGCGCGCACGACGCCGGUGGACGGGCGCGUGUCGGAGCUGCACGUGUUCGUGAUCAUGCUGACGGUGGUGGCGUCAUCGCUGGCCAGCGACGCGAUCGGAGGGACGUUCAUCGACGGGCCGAUUAUCCUGGGGCUGGUGGUGCCGGACGGGCCGCCGCUGGGGGCGGCGCUGGUGGAGCGGGUGGAGCCGGUGGCGUCGGAGGUGAUGCUGCCGCUCUUCUUCCUGGUCGAGGGGGUCUUCGCCGACGUGCGGGGGGUGGCCGCGCAGGGCAAGAUGUGGCUGUGGAUGCUGGUCAUCAUGCUCAUCGCCUGCGUUGGGAAGAUCGCCGGGACGGUCGUCCCCGCCGUGUUCUGCGACGUGCCGCUGCAGAAGGCUGUGCUGCUGGGGCUCAUCAUGAACUUCCGGGGGCUUGUGGAGAUGAUCGUCUUUUUCACCUUCAUAAACGGAAAGCUGAUUAACGGGGAGACAUACACCAUGCUGGUCUUUUCUGUGGUGGGGGCGACGGCGCUCUGCGUGCCGCUGGUGGCGCACUUCUACAAGCCGCUCAGCUCCGGGCGCCCCGUGGGCCGCCGCACGGUGCAGCACCUGAAGCCCCACGUCGAGCUGCGCAUGCUCGCCUGCUUCUCCGACGAGCGCUCCGUCCCCCCCCUCCUCCACCUCCUCGAGUGCUCGUCCCCGCCCGACUACCCCUCCGCCGCGCUCUGCGUCUACGCCCUCCACCUCGUCGAGCUGCAGGGCCGCGCCGUGUCGAGCCUCGUCGCGCACCGCAACAAGAAGGGGUUCAUCAACCCGGCGCAGAUGGACCGGGUGCACAACAACUUCAUCACCUUCGAGCAGGUCAAGAAGGGCGCCACCGCCGUCCAGCCCUUCACGUCCAUCGCGCCCUACAAGACCAUGCACCAGGACGUGUGCUCCCUCGCCCUCGAGAAGAGCGUCGCCCUCGUCGUCGUCCCCUUCCCCCGCAAGGACGCCGCCACCGACGGUGACGCCGACCGCGCCAUGCGCGGCAUCGUCCCGUUGGUCCUCUCUCAGGCUCCGUGCUCGGUGGGCGUCCUGAUCCACCACAAUGCCACGAGAAUCGUGAUGCCGGCCCCCGGGCAGUGGCAGCACCACGUCUGCGUCCUCUUCUGGGGCGGCCCCGACGACCGCGAGGCCCUGUCCGUCGCCGCCCGCAUGGCGCGCCACCCCGCCGUCCGCCUCACUGUCAUGCGCUUUGUCCUUGCCGCCACCGCAUCGGCUGGUGCCGGACGCAAUAGCGGCGGCAGCCCGCGCGCCACUAUGGACAAGGACCGGGUGUGGGACGAGGAGGUGCUCGGGGAGCUGCGGGUGGAGAACGGCGACAACAAGCGCCUGGCGAUCAGCGAGGUGGCGGUGCGGGAUGUGGAGCAGACGGUAGCGUUGAUUCGGACGGUCGGCGGGGAUGACGGGUACGACCUGGUGGUCACGGGGCGGCGGCAGGGCUCCGCCAUGUCGCUCCUCGACGAGGGGCUCUCCGAGUGGAGCGAGUCGCCGGAGCUCGGUGUUGUCGGCGACAUGCUUGCCUCCUCCGACUUCCAGUGCCCCUUCUCCGUCCUCGUCGUGCAACAACACAGCUAGAAAAACAUAACUCCUAUAAAAUUAAAUAUUUUCUAUAACAAUUAUUUUAAAUAUAAAAUAUUUGAAUAAGUUUUUUGU